AUGACCUUUCCAACGAGACAUCUCAAUUUGCUACCACUCGGAUUGACUGAAAGGAGGGGAGUAGGGAGAAAGAAAGGUAAUAUACUGCAAAUUAGUGAGGAUGAGAAUAGGGAGAAAGAGGAGAAGAAUGAUACAUGGCACCGUAUGGAGAGAGUUCGGACAAAUUUUUGCGUCAAUUUACGUUGUCGAAGAUGCCAAAAUGGAUCAGAUUUAGGCCAGCAUGGAGAAUGGUGUUUUAACUCAACUGUCCCCAAAGAGGAGGUGAAGAAGUUUUAUAUCAAAGCCAUUGAGAUUUCUGGGUAA